AUGGCGGCACUCUCACAAAUGCAAAGAUCGAUAACGCUUAAAAGAGCAUAUACAGUCUUCGUUUUCACUGUCGGCUUCGUAUUACCAACUAUUUUGAUACUGACAAUGUACACAAAGAUCUUCCGAACUGCAAGUUCGCUGGUUCGUAGAACCCCAAGCUUGGACACGGCAGAAGCCGUUGCGUGCAAAGUCCGUGAAGAGCGAAAGGUUGCCUUGACCUUCAGCAUUUUAACAGGUUUGUUCCUCAUGGCAUGGACGCCUUUCUUUGUUCUUUCAAUGCUGGCUGAGUUCUGUGCAGGCUGUUUGCCUAAAGGAGACGGUAUGACUGCGUUAGUGAUAUUCGUAAAAUGGAUGCAUUAUUCAAACAGCGCAGUGAAUCCGCUGGUUUUUAUCGUCAGACACAGCGAAAUGCGGAAACGUGUUUUUAAGCUAUUCGGAGUCAGUAUAAGGAGAGAACGUAAACAAAACACUUCUUCGUCCAACAAAAUGGCUGACACGCCACUGUGA